ACGUCUACAAAAUCACCAUCAAAGAUGCCAAACUCACGGACACUGGAUCUUAUUCAGUUGUCGCCAAGAACGAAGUGAACCAGUGCUCGGACUUCUGGCAGUGGCACGUGUCCUCCGCCCCCAAGAUCGUGAAGAAGCUGGGUGGCUCCAAGGUCUGCGAGGAGAAGGAGACCGUCACUUUCAAGAUAGAGACCGAAUCUGAUCCAGCUCCGGAUGUUAAAUGGUUCAAAAACAAAACGGAAAUAAAAGAAUCAUCGACGAUCAAGAUAUCAUCAUCAGGCGAGGCUCAUUCGCUGGUAGUUACGUCAGCCGCACGCGCUGACGCCGGGGAAUACUCCUGUGAAGUGCGCAACGUGCACGGAUCCGCGAGCGACUCUUGCGUGCUGAACGUGCGCUGCGCGCCGCAGUUCCGCCAGCGGCUGCGUGACGUCACCGCCAGCGAGGGUGACGUCAACGUCGAGUUUACCGUCGACGUGGAAGCGUACCCCGAGCCCAAAGUACAAUGGUACUUGGGCGACGUGGAAAUAACUGAGAAGAAGUCGGUGUACACUCGCGUGGACAACGGCAGCUCCCACAAGCUGAUCCUGAAGGAGGUGACUGCGGAGUUGUCUGGCCAGUACUCCUGCAAGGUCACCAAUGACCUCGGCAGCGACUCCUGCCACGCCACAUUCACUGUCAAUAGAAAGCCACGAAUCACCAAGAGCUUAGUAGACAUGACUGUGGAUGCUGGACAGACUUUGAAGCUGGAGGUAGAAGUAGAAGGCUGUCCCGAGCCCAAAGUCAAGUGGUACAAAGAUGGCAAGGAGGUUACUACUGAUGCUAGAAUCAAGAUAGAAAGAGACACCAAAAGAUUGGAGAACUAUAAUUUAACAGUAACACUCGUGAAGGAAGAAGAUGGCGGAGAGUACGAAGUAAGGGCUGAGAACGAAAUGGGUAGCGUCAGCUCCAAGAGCACUGUUACAGUACACACUAAAGAAGUACAUUCAAGAUUCAAAAAAGAAACUAUGCUUGAAAAAGAAGUCGAGGAGGAAAGCAAACCGAAAAAACAAGAUGUAAAAGAAGUGGUUGUAGAAGAUAAAGAUUCGGCAACUAUCAACAAGAUUGAAGCGGAAACGAUCGAAGAAAAACUUGUUGAUGACACUACAAAAAGUGUUAGGUUCGAAAAUGUUGAGGAGCGGACACCUGAUAAAGCUAAAAAGUCAUUUACCGAACCAGAAGUAGUAGAAGAAAAAUCAUUCUGGGAUGAUGUUGAUGAUAGUUCUAAAGCUAAGAAAACAACAGUAAAUGAUUCUGAUAUACAAUCAGAAAAAGCAAAACAGUCAUUUACAGAACCGGAAGUAACAGAAGAGAAAUCAUUCUGGGAUGACAUUGAAGACGAUUUUAAACCCAAGAAAACAAAAGAAAGUGAUGCUAAUUUGAUUCCAGAAAAAACAAAACAGUCCUUCUCAGAACCAGAAACAGUGGAACAAAAAUCAAUUUGGGACGAUGAUGUAAAUGGAAAUACUAAAAAACCAAUAGUCAAUGAGGUUACUAAUGAACCUCAAAAAGUUAAAAGAUCGUUUUCGAAACCUGAAGUUGCUGAAGAAAUAUCUCGUGGAAAUGAUAACGCUGAAGCCAACCAAGCUAAAAUACCACAUGUUGAGGAAAUACAAAAUAAACCACAAAAGUCUAGAAAAUCAUUUUCAGAACCUGAUACAGUUGAAGAAAAAUCUUUUUGGGGUGAAAUAGAAAAUAAAGUAACAGAAGAAGAAGUAAAAGACAAACCGCAGAAAGGAAACAAAUCCUAUUCUGAACCUGAAGAAGCUGAAACAAAAUCUUUCUGGGAUGAUAUUAACGACGAACAAAACAAGAAUGUGCAAAUUGAUAAUAACGAAAAAGUGCCCAAUCAAGCAAUAGCAGAAAACGCUAACCAGCAAUUGAAAAAAAUCGAUGAUGUUCAAGAAAUUGGUAAAAUAACAUUGCCUGAAGCUGAGUCAGCCGAAACAAAAUCUUUUUGGGACGACAACGAAAGUGAAAAACCUAAAAAGUUACAAAUAGAUGAAACUAAGGAAAAGCCUAAAAAACCUAGAAAAUCAAUAACAGAAGCUGAAAGUGCACAAACAAAAUCAUUUUGGGAUGACAAUGAAGAUGAACAGAUUAAAAAACCUGAAAUAAGUGAUGUCAGAUCACCGAGGAAAUCAUUUGCAGAACCUGAAAAGACAGAAAGUAAAUUCGUUGACGACGAUAAACAAGACAUACAAGAGAAGGAUGUUUCUAAACCUUUUGUGAAAUCAGACUUAUCUGAACCAAAGAGUAUAUGCGAUACAAACGAGAAUGAGAAAAAUGAGAGAGCUAAAAUCACUGAAAUUCAAGAGUUGCCUAAUAAAUCUCAAAAAUCAUUCACUGCAUCCGAGCCAAUUGAAGAAAAAUCUAUAUGGGACGAGAAAAAAGAUGAACAAAACAAAAAGCCCGAAGUUAAGGAUAUAGUAGAUGAAAAACAAAAGGGUAAGAAAGGUAUAACAGAACCUGAAAAAAUAACAGAAGUAAAAAUAGAAGAAGAGUUGAAGCCUUCAAGACGUAAAUCUGUUAAAAAACAAACUCUAAAAGAAGAGCCGUUAAGUGCUGAAAAAGAAGGCCGAGUGUUCGAAACAAUAACCACGUUCAAGACAGGCGAGGAUGGGUCUAUUGUUGUGUCUAAGGUUAGCAGCACCUGCUCCCACGGCGCCAUUAUCACAGGUCCUGCGGAAACACACACUUUGCAUAAAAUGACAUCGAAAUACUACGAUGAUGAUGAUGAGUGCACAAGAAAAGUUAUACAACCAAAUAAGCCACAUACUACUUCUUUAGAAGUAGAAGAAAUUGCAAGUCACAGUUAUUUCCUAUCCGAGUUGGGUUACUACACUGUGCCGGACCACGUCAGGAGAGGCACGUACGGAAUUAUAGAAGAACCGCAAACUGACUCUGAUGCCGACAGUUUGAGGUACGGACGAUAUACCGGAAAUAGAGCGGUCUCCAUUCAUUCCGUUUCGGAAGAUGAGAGUAGCUGGCACAACGAAUCACUGUCGCGAGAAAUAUCAAUUGAAGACUUAUCAAAAACGAUAUUUGAAAUAGAUGAAACAAGAAAAGUGUUCAGCAAAGACUCAUACGUUCGUCAGUCUUCUUUCAAAGAAGAUUACUUGACGAACGAUGGAGACGAGGAAUCUGUCAUAUUAACUGAAAAACGACAAAAAGUCUUUGAAAAUGAUAUCACUGAAAAACUCAUGGACAUUCGCAAAGAAUUCAAUGAAAAUGAAUUCAAGAACAUUGAAGAAAAGUCGGAUGACGUAAAAAAUAGAAUUAUUGAAGAAUUAGUAUUAGGAGAUGUAAUGAAACAAGAAAAUAUAACAAAAGAAGUUGCCGAGACGACCGUGGAAAAGAAGAAAAAACAAAGUGGGAAACUAUUCUGCGUGGAAGAGGAGAACGAUGGCGAAGUGGAAGCUUUGCUGAGACGCAGUCAGAGACAGAGAAGCAUAUUAGAUGAUAUUUUAAAUCAAGAAGAUGUGAAAGCACCUCCGAAACUAAAAGAAAGCAGCAUGAAAGACAGCAGUGUGUUCGAAUCCCUACCUCUGGUGUUUACUGUGGAAGCGAGUGGCUCCCCGAAGCCAACGGUGCGGUGGCUGCAUGACGGCAAAGAAGUCAAGCCUGACGAGCGAGUCCGCAUCACCAACGACGGAGACCUCUACAAGUUGGAAGUGGACAAAGCAGAACUCGGAGACGCCGGCAAAUGGCAGUGCGAGAUCAGCAAUAACCUUGGAAAAGAUGUUCUUCAGGCAGAAAUUACUGUAAAACCCGAGAGCGAGCUUCGCAAGCCGAUCUUCAAGACGCCCUUGGAGGCGCAGCGCGUGAUGCAGCGCGAGCCGGUGACGCUGCGCGCGGUGUGCUCGGCGGACCCGCUGCCGCACGUCGCCUGGCUGCUCAACGGGACUGAGCUGACGCCGGACGCCACGCUGCUCAUUGACGCACAGACCAAAGACAUCGAACACGGACUCAAGGAGUGCGUCUUCACACUUCAUAUUCCCACUGGUCGUCAUGCUGACACCGGAGUGUACACGAUCCAAGCGAAGAACAAGUACGGCGUGGGUGAGAGCUCAGCGCGCCUCGAUAUCCUACUGCGGCCCGAGAUCGAGGGUCUGAAGGACGUCACCGCCAUGCCCUACGAGGAAACCACCUUUAUCACCAAGAUACAAGCCAACCCCAUCGCUGAAGUACAAUGGAGCAAAGAUGGGUACGUCAUAAAACCGUCGUCCAAAAUCGAGAUAGAGGAGGACAAGGCUACGGAAACACACAAGCUGGUGGUUAAGAAAGUGACCCUGGAGGACGCCGGCGUGUACAGCGUUACUGCAAAGAACGAGAUCGGGGAAGCAUCACAGCAGGCCAAGCUCACUGUUCACACGGACAAACCG